AUGGUGAGCACCGAAAACCUUACAAGCGCCGUCUACACCAAGGUCAUACUCAACUGCCUAUUCCGCUCCGGCGGCUCCGCUGUUCUCUUCUCCAACAAACCCUCUCACCGCCGCCGCUCUAACUACGAGCUCUUGCACGCAGUCCACACUCACACGGCCAGCUCCGACGUCGCGUACAAUUGCAUAUUCAAGGAAGAAGAUUCCGACAACACCACAGGGAUAACAGUAACUAGAAACCUGUUGAUCGCAGCUACUUCCGCCAUCGAACACAACCUCGCAAAAUUAGGGUUUCUCAUCCUCCCUCUCUUGGAAAAACUCCUCGUGGCCAUAAAUCUCAUGAAGAUGAAGCCGUACAUCCCGAAAUCAAGCGAUGUGCGCAGCAUUUUAUUCCUCACGUGGGCGGGGUGUGAAGAAAAGUUAGGGGCAGAACCAUAUAGUAUGUGGGUACUUGGAGGCCCAUGA